CCUUAUGCCAACUAAUAAAUAAUAAACAAAUUUUAUUUCAUACCUGCCUGAAUAGAAAGUGUUUAAAACCGAUACAAUUUUCUUGUUUGCCUUAGUUUGACUUGACUCGCCUGGAGUUUGUCGUAGUAAAGCAAUCGCCUAUUCAGUAUGCGAGACGUAACAAGGAUCGCUUUGUUUGUUACUCUGUGUGGAUUAUUGGACUUUAGUUUAGCCACAGCUGAAAGCAACAGCGCAACUGGUGAUGGAAUUAAUUACAGAAUUAAGAGAUUUUCCCCUCCACAUCCCCCAGAUUUCUAUACUAUUUGGCAUACUUUGAAGAAUUUGGAAGGAAAAGUUCUUAAUGCGUACUUUAAAUACUUGGAAAGAGGUUGCCCUCGAACAGGUCCCUCGGGAGGAGGAGGGAGUUCAGAUGUACAUAUUGUUCCACCAGGACCACGAAUUCGCAACGGAAAAGACUGGAAACCAAGAGUGCAUCAGCCUCAAAUUCAGCCUACAGGACCUUCACCAACAAAUCACCAGGACAAACCACAGAUUGUACCUCCUGGUCCCUAUCAACCAGGAGACCAUCAAGACAAACCGCAAAUUCUACCUCCUGGGCCGUACCAACCAGGACAUCAGGACAAACCACAGAUUCUACCUCCUGGACCCUACCAACCAGGACAUCAGGACAAACCACAGAUCCUACCUCCUGGACCCUACCAACCAGGACAUCAGGACAAACCACAGAUCCUACCUCCUGGACCCUACCAACCAGGACAUCAGGACAAACCACAGAUCCUGCCUCCUGGACCCUACCAACCAGGAAACUAUCAAGAUAAACCACAAAUCCUUCCACCUGGACCUUACAAUCGUAAUACACAACCACAAAUAGUUCCUCCUGGACCUUACUGGCCUGGUCAUUACCCCCCAUCACCACCUGGUCCUCCUUGUCCACCAGGCCCACAAGGUUAUCCAGGACCACCAGGACCAAAGGGCGAUCCUGUAAGUAAAACAUUUACAAUUUAG